UGUGAGUGUUUUGAAUGUAGGCUACAGUAAGUUUUUGUUGAUAACUAAAGCAAGUAAUCCUGUUAUCUUCGUAUUGCCUCAGUGGAGCUGUGUGUUAUUCUAGUUUCCAGAAAAAAAAUUGUUAAUUUACUCACAGUAAUUCGAUGAUAGUUCACCUUUUUCGUACAAUCGGUGGUUGAUACUUCCCAAUAGUCUUUCAUUUCUCUUAUCAAUGGUGUUUUUGUCGUUGGUGCAAUUUAAAUUCUUCGUGCUUCGUCAAGAAUUAGGGUGCUGAUUGUCAGUCAAUCGAUUGAGGCACUAUGCCCUCCGGCCUAGGUGCCUCAUAUCGCUCUCUCGCCGAUGAUGUGUAUCGCAGUACAACCAUUUCAGAAAGAGAUAAAUUCAGUGUGCUAGAGUCUGUGAAGAAAGCUUUCAAUUUCACAUCUUUUUCGGCACAAGCUUUAACUAGGCGAUCUGAACCUCUCAUCUCUAGAUCUGAAAGCUCUCAGCCUGUUGUAUCUAACAGGAAGAUGCCAACUUUCGCAGCAUCUGAAGAGGCCUCCCUGUUGGGUGCCAUGCCUUCAGAUUCCAUGGAUGACAUCGAACUUCAAAAUGUACAGCUACAGUUUCCAUCGGCACGAAGUUUAUCUCGAGAAGGGUCUGAUGUUGAAGAAAUUAAAGUAGAAACAGACAGAGGUCAUCUUCUAGUUGCCGUUCAAGGGAACCGAUCAAAACCAGCAAUCGUGACGUACCAUGAUUUAGGACUAAAUUAUGUGUCUAGCUUUCAAGCUUUUUUCAACUAUCUGGAUAUGCGACAAUUGCUGAAUAAUUUUAGUGUUUAUCAUGUAAAUGCUCCUGGUCAGGAGGAAGGUGCACCCCCAUUUCCAGAUGAUUAUGAAUACCCAACGAUGGAUGACUUAGCUGCUCAAUUGAAUUUUGUCCUGACUCAUUUUGGAUUGAGAUCAAUAAUAGGUUUGGGUGUAGGAGCUGGUGGUAACAUCCUAGCAAGAUUUGCUCUUUCAAAUCCGGACAAGGUUGAAGCCCUUUGUUUGAUAAAUGUUGUCUCAACGGCUGCUGGAUGGAUAGAGUGGGGCUAUCAGAAGCUAAAUGCAAGAUACCUUAGGUCAAAAGGAAUGACGCAAGGGGUUCUUGAUUAUCUCAUGUGGCAUCAUUUUGGAAGGGGCACAGAAGAGAGAAAUCAUGACCUAGUUCAAGUUUAUCGAAAUUAUUUUGAGCGGUGUGUGAAUCCUGGAAAUCUUGCUUUAUUCAUAGAUAGUUACAUACGCCGUACGGAUCUAAAUAUCGAAAGAGAUCCUGACCCAAAUCGCCGUAAGGAAGGUGGUGGAUCGCCAACUUUAUCAAUGCCUGUCAUGAAUAUAACAGGUUCUUUAAGUCCACAUGUUAAUGACACAGUCACUUUGAACUCCAGAUUGGAUCCUUCCAAUUCAUCAUGGAUGAAAAUCUCCGACUGCGGCAUGGUUCUUGAAGAACAACCAAACAAAGUGUGUGAAGCACUGAGACUAUUCUUGCAAGGCUUAGGAUAUGCUGUGAAACUAGGAAGACCGAAGAUAACUAAUUCAACAUCGGCUGAAGCAUUCAUAGUCAUGUCGGUCAAAACUUCUCGAUCGCUGGACAGUGUAAGAAGUGCUCCUUGGUCCAUUAGAAUCACAGAAAAUCCAAUUUCUGAAACUGCAGCCUGCUAAAUGUGGAUUAUCAUCUUACCAUGUUUGUUUUUAUAUGUUUUUGAGUGCUCUAUUAUAUUUUCUUAUCAUUUGAAAUCUUCAUGGUGUAAUGUAAACUCAAGUUUAUGGCUGCUCAAGAUGUUGUUUACCCAAAUAAAAAGAACAGAAACCUUACGGCAACGUUGAAGUAACCUUGCCACAGAAAUGAGGUGAGGUUGUAGGAAAGGCUACUACAGAAACCUUUCUUCAAAACUUUGAUGCCUCUACAUGUUGGAUUUGUCACUCUGAUGAUGUGGCAAUAAGUCUGUAACACAGUGGAAAGGCUCUGAUAUCCAUGCCACCAUUUCUGCGAUAAUGUUUUUAUCUCUUGCCCUUGAAUGGCUCUUAUAAGAUUUUCACAAUAUCAUUGCCUUGUGCUGAUGACUACUUUGUGCCUGUAAGCACCUUGCGCCUGCAGCUUUCUGUGGUAACUUUUCCUAACCGUUCUGGAAAUGUUCUCUGUCAACCUUAGAUGCCUAGGCAUCGGUAAUUUUAAUGUAGUGGUCCGGCCAGAAACCAGUAACGUGACAGGAAGGUCAUGAUAACUUGGCCAAGGAAAAAACUAUUUCUACCGCAACAUUGAAGAAAUGUUUCCAUGAAAAGAAUCAAAGUGCAACCUAGUCGCAGAAAAUUGAACUGCUCAUCUCAUUUGAUAAUAAGGUUGUCCAAAUUUUUUGCCAAUGCUCUUAGAAAACGCUGCCGCGGCUAAUUUACGUCAGCAAGUAUGACAAUGUUUUCCUAAGGGUUGCCUCUGUUUGGGUAAUCAUAGUUACCAAUUUUGGUCUACAGAGGGAACAGUAAUGUAGUAUCAAUUUAUGCUGUUUUCUUGCAUUCCGUGAGAAGGCCCUUCCACCCAGUUAAAUUUUGAUGGCCAAAGUGCAAAACCACGUAUCUCCAUUGCGGUGUUUAGAUAUUUCAUUUCUCCUUUUUUUUUUUUUUUGGAGGAUAAACAAGCUAACUUCAUGCUUGAAAUUUAUACUGAAUAUUGCUGAUAGAGAAGAAAAAUUGAGGAAGUUUUAAAGAAUUUACGUGACUGGUUUUCCAAAGAAAAAAUAGAGCAUGACAGUAAGUCUACAAUAUCGCAAACGGAGGUAUGUGGUUUUGCACUUCGGCCGUCGAUUUGGUGGUACAGAUGAACUGUAUAAUUUUACAUGUAGGUAAUUUUAACACCAAGGUCGUCGUGACACACAUUGAAUGCUGCUGCAAUUUUUGUGCUUUUUCCCCCUUUAAUUAAUUUUUAAGGGAUUCUGAAGUUUUCAUUCCCCAUUAUUUUGUUUUAGGAAGUGAUAGACCUUCAGAAGGCCUAAUAAUUUGUUAUUGAUGGGACCCCAAUCCCAUCACCUGCCUUUUUUUGAAUGAUACUGUUCUAAUUUUUCUUAAGAUGGUUGUAAUUUCUGAAAUGUUAGGUGUCCUUGAAAUUUAUAUACUAAUGCUGUAUUUUGAAAACUGGCCAAUUAUAACUGUCCAAUUAAUAAAUGGCCAAGAACUUAUCAACAAUGAUCUCUACAUAUCAAAGUAAUAAACACCUAAUUAAAAUUGCAAAAUUGCCUCUGGUUUGUCGUAUAAACUGUUCAGUUUAUCUUGCUCCUUGGAAUCUUUUGUGACAGUUGCAGCUAUUGACAGAGUUGACUCAGGGAAGUUUCGUCAGGAACCUUCAAAAGACAAAUGAGAAAUUGUACAGUUCCCCCCC